AUGGAAUGUAAGGGAGUCGCUGACAUGUAUCCUGCGUUUGUAGUCCCUGAGUUGAUCCAUGAAGUGAUAUUUGUUAACCAAUACAUGUCGAUGGAAGCGAUUGACAGAUUACUGAACCAUAUUAGUGAUUGCUAUCAAUUUUCAGUCGAUACGGAAGGCGAAGUGACCAACAACAGACUAGCUAUUAUACAAAUUCAUACAAUUCCACGAACAUUACCAUCUAUGGUCAUCUUGCUCGAACUGUGUCACUUGCCGUCUCCUGGAUCAGAACAAUAUGCAAAAAUUGAACAAAUUCUUCGUCUAACCUUUAGGUCAGACAACUACAUUUAUGCAUGGGGAGACAUGAGGAAAGAACUCGAACCAGUAAACCACUUGCUCGACUGGCCAAUUAGAUCCGAAUUAAUUAACUUACAGCCACAUUUUGCUGGAUGGUAUGAGUGGGCUCGGACCUUAUGUAGGGUCCAGAACCUGCAAGAAAAUGUUAUUAAAGUGGAAAGUAAUGAAAUCAAUCGAUCAAAUGAUCCAAUGAAAUGCACGUGCCAUCGUGAGUCUCCCUAUCACGAAAGCCAGUUGUGGUCAUUGCAAAAUGCAUUGAUUUAUGGCUUUGAUGUAUUUAUUGAUAAAACAGCUCGGAUGGCACAUUGGUCACAUGGACUAACAUAUAGUCAUUCAUCAUUAUCACAUGCACAACGUAUUCGAAUGAUACAUUAUGCCAAGAAUGAUGUAAUGGCGGUAACCUAUUUGGUAAGACCCAUUGUCGAACGCUGGUCGUUUACGAGAAUCAAGGAAACGAAGAUCGAAGCAAGGUUUACUGCAUUUGAACCAAUAUUACCAGCACCAUUACGUCAAUCGUCAACAAAGAGGAAGGUCAAAAACCUGGAUGUACAAAAAUUGGCAAAAAUAUUCGAAACGAUCGAUCCCGAUAUUGAAUCGAUAUCAUCGGAUGACGAAAUAUAUUUGAAUCAGGUGAACCAAGACGUUACUCAAGCUAGUGAAGAACAUGUCGAAACAGAAUUAGCAACAGCAACUAAUGACAACAUCAAUGAUGAUUUAAUUGAACCAACGAAUGGAGAUCUCGUUGACAUUUCGGAUGAUGAAAUUAUCAUUAGAAAUAUUGGGACACAGAUGGAUAAUGAUGAUGUUACAACGACUCAAUACGAAAUGGGAUCAGCCGAAGUGAUUUGGCAAGAUCCUGUAAUAAUUGCUGAUGGUAAUUAUGAAGCAGAAGAAAGAACAAAUCGAUCGAAACAUCAGCAACGCAGCAUCAAAGCAAGGAAUCGGAAAAACAACAAACAUAACAAGCAACGACGUAAACAUCGUUAUCGACACUUUAUCAAGCGACGAUGUUAUUAUCGCUUCACCAUGUACGAAAUGAAAAAGAUUCUUCGGUAUUAUGGAAUUACAUUUACGCACGUGAAAUUCGAUGAAACAAGUGAAAAUUUAAUUAUCGGACUGAAGAAUGAAGAAAAUCGAAGUGAAGCAGAACAUCAAUUGGCAAUCGAUAUAUUCAACCGCAGAAGUUAUUAUCAUUACCGGAGAAGACAAUAUCACAAAUGA